GCGUGGAGAUGCUCUCUGAGGCGAAAGAGCCGCAGAAAAGCUCCGGGAAACGCCCUUUCGUCGCUUGUCUCGCCGACAGCUGUCUCCCCAGCUCCGGACAUGAAAAACAGCGUGGCGAGCACGGGAGAGGACGAGAGUCUUUCUGUCGGCCGUCAGGUGAAAGUCGAGGAGGCCUCUCAUACACGCAGUGUGUGCAUGCAGAGAGACAGAAAGCGUUGUGUGACGGUCGCGAACACAGGAGCGAAGAGUCCGAGAAACUCUCUUUGUCGAGAAAACUCAAGACGCAGACGGUGACUGUGCGUGGAAAAUCGCGCCUCGACGAGUGCCGUUCUGCCGUUCCUCGGUGCGCGCGGAGGUAAAGAGAAAUAGAGGCAGGAAAUCGCUCUUCACUCGAAGGCCUAUCGUCUCCAGUGCAACCUGUGAACGAUUUUCUGGUGCUUCUUCGUUCGUCACUUUUGGCCGUCACGAAUACAGCAGAAACCUGCGAAUUCGUUUUUUCGUCAAAUCCCUUCCCUCCUGUCAGCAUCAAAGAAAUGCAAGGCAAACAGCAUUCGCGACGUCCCUCUGCCUCCAUUAUCACAGGACGAACAUCUCUUUAUUUCCUCUACACGUUCUUUUCUCAACGUUUCGUCGUCCUGCUCUCCUGACAGGUCGUCCUUCUCUUAUGCUUGCCUUCGUGCCAGUUCAUCCGGUUUCUCAUUCCCUCCUUCCUGUCUCCUUUCGCGUCUUCGUCUCCUCGUCGUUCUGACGCUGUCUCUUCUCCCCUGUCUCUCGUCGUUGUCCUCAUUCCAGGUUCCCCCUGUUUCUCCCCUCGCGUCGUGCUCUCCUUCCAUCGCCGCUACUCUCCCUUCUCCUGUCCGUUCUCCCCUCUCGACGCGGGUCCCCUGUCUUCUCGCGUUCCUCCACUCUCCGUUCUCCUCUCUGUUCGCCGUCUUUUUCUCUUUUCGCGACUCUCUCCUCCUUCUUCGCCAUGGGUGCAGGUCUCUCGUCUCACGCCGGCGCUGGAAAAAAGCCGAGAGCCGAGAGCCUCGGGGGAGAGAGACAGAACUCGCCUGCGAGCAGAGAACACGUUGUCUCUGCUGUUGUCAAUGUCCCCUCUUCCUCGGGAAUGAACCACGUUGUCCUUUUCGGAAGCGACUUCGUCAACAACUUUGCGGUUUUGCCCCCGCGCUCUGCUGGCGCCGCGUCUCCACCUGGCGCCGAUCUACGCAUGCAGACUUCUCUCAGCUCGCUCCCUCGCCAGGGCGACUCGUCUUUAUCAGGCGAGCCUUCGGCUCCGACCGUGAGCAACGAGGGAACUGUGGCCGCUGGGCAGGCCGCGCGGGGAGAGUCUCUCUUCGUCGCGGAGGCGAGAGGAGACAGUCGACCGGUUGGCGAGGGCGACGCCACAGGCGAGGCUUGGGUCGCAUCCCGCGUGCUUGAACAGAAAAAGGAGUUCUUUGCAGACAUGCGAAGGCACUUGAAAUCUGCCCUUGUCGAGCAAAUGGAUGUUCUAAAGCAAGGCUUGCGAGCAUGUCCCUUGACAGCUGCUGCGGCCUCCGUGGCGUCUGCCACCGCCGAGGCUUCUCUCCGUCAAGUCGCGAAGGCUCUUCCAGAAGACUCAACGGUGUCUCCUUUCGACGACCAGCCGGACGCGCGCGACUUUCAGCGUCCUGUGUGUCACGAUGAACAACUCGCAGUGCUGCGGUGCUACAACAGACAGAGCAUGCGGAGAGAAAGCGAAGGGAACGCAGACUACCUUUCUUGCCACAGCAUGGUCGCCGAUCUGCGCGCAUGCAGCGAGCGCGCCACGCAGCUCGGACCCCUCGUUCGACCUCAGAACUAAGGUCUUGUCUUCUCUGGAGUCUGCUUCUCGCAUGUUUGUCUUCUUUUUGGUCUGUGUCGCUCAGUUCGCUUCGUGAGUGUGAGUCGUGAGGUCGAAAAAGUCCAGAGGCAGAACCUUCGCUGUUCCCGGUUAGGUACAAACUUUUUCAUGUGUGUCUUUCGCAUGCUGCCGCGACGUUUCUUUGCAUGGGAGUUGGGGUGCAAGUUGUGGUGAGUCACCGCCUUCUUUCCAGAUGUCUGCCCUGAGUUUCCCUGUCGGUGUGAGACUUUCUCUGGGGGCUCUACUUCUCGCUGGCUCGGCGAGCGGCUCAUCGGUUCGCUGCUCUUGAAUCCAAAUGUCACCUCGCGUGUAUCUGUCUGGACGGUCUCUCCCAAGCCGUCUUGCUGCCCUCGAGGCUGUUCCUCUUUGGAUGCUCGUUUUCAUCCUCAUCACGUUUACUUUUUCGGAGUAGACAGAAGGGCGUCAAUGAGAACUUGUUUUCUACCAGUAGUGUCCCGAGAUCGGUGUGAGCGCCUGUCCCUAGAUCGGUGUGAGCGCUCCUCACUUAUGUGCGUUUCGCGCCGUCGGCCGAGAAAGCAUUUUCGUCUUCGCUGCAUACGAAGCUCGAGUCCAUACGAGAACGAAGAGUGAGUCUGCUCAGCAGGCGACAUGCGGGAGCAUUCAUGCUGCUUUGGUUUCGUUGUUCGACGGCGCAGUCUUUACAUCCGUGUCACGACGUCGCACUCGCUGAAAAGCGAAUCGAAGAAAAAGAGCGAGAGGCGCGAGAGAACUUUCGAUUCUAGCCUUAACCGUCCCUGCACAGCCUCUCUCGCGACCUCUUUCUGUCUUCUCACAAAGCAGUUUCUACCCUCACUGCAGAUCGUCGACAAAGUGCCACCCGCCUCGUGAUGUUCUCAGAGGAUCGAAGCCUGCUGAAGAGGCGUUCGAGUGGCGUUUCUGUGUGUGUAGGAGAGAAGCACAGUUUCGUCUUCACGUUUCCACUCGUUUUCACAGUUCCACUCCGUCCCUUCUUGUGACGUUUUCUUCAAGAGCGACCAGGAGAACACUUGCGCCGCUGAAGCGGAGGUUCACACUCUCGCAUCUCAGUGACAGCCGUGCUGUGCAAACCAGUCGACAGCGACAUCCUCAAGAUGGAGUCGUGGAAAGAGACUUGACGAAGAAGACGUACUCCCGCUCGACCGCAAAUACACAUUUUCAGUCCUCUCUCUGUGCGGUUUCCUCUCGGUACAAGCUUUCGUCAGAGAGACGCGUGCAGCUUACAAAUGAUCGUGUGUCAGGGACAACAGCGGGUACACUCUAGAUAGAAGAGGCAAGUGUAUGCAAAGACUCGUUCUACUGUUACUGCGUCAGCAACGAAGUUAUUCAUGUCUCUUCGCCGGUCACAAAGGUGCCAGCUGCGUAUACGUGGACGGUGAAACACACACCGUUGAGGGGAUUUGUGGUGCCGAGUGUGGAAGCUGGAACUCCUGAACUGGGCAAAGAGCCUCGACUGCGGUUCGAGUUAUAGCUCGGUCAACUCGUGGCGUCUGCAGA